AUGGUUUCGAUCAAGUCCAUCGUCUUUGUUGGAACCCUCGUGAGCGCAGUGAAAGCUUCUCUCUACGGUGAAAGCAAUCAAAACCACACUUGUAUCCUUGAGCCCGCUGUCCUCUCCUGCUCUGCACAAGCUACUCCCGACCAAGUCGACAGCUGUUGUACGGAAACAUAUGGCGGCCUCCUGCUCUCCACCCAAUUUUGGAACACUUACACUGGUCUCGAGGCUCAAGGCCAAAAGCUGCCACCCAAUUCUUUUACGCUUCAUGGACUUUGGCCCGAUCUGUGUAAUGGUUUGUAUGACCAGUACUGCGAUUUGACACGGCAAUACGAUCCUGCCCCUUCGCCCAAUACCACGACCGGGCUGCCCAACGGCACUGUGGUGCCUCCUUACAGGGGGCCCAACAUAGGCACGUUCCUCGAGCCCUUUGGCCGCUAUGAUCUGUUGGAUUGGAUGAACAAGUAUUGGAUCAACCAAGGCGGCCCAAACCACGAUUUCUGGGGCCACGAAUUCUCCAAACACGCGACCUGUUAUUCGACCUUCGAUCUCCCUUGCUACGGGCCGGAGUACGUCGAACACGAAGAUGUGUUGGAUUUCUUCCAGACGGCUAUCAAGUAUUACAAGAGACUCCCGACGUGGGAGUGGUUGAACGAGGCCAAGAUCGUUCCCAGCAACAGCACGACCUACACGUUGAGUCAGAUUCAAGGUCAGCUGGCGAAGAAGUACGGUGCUGUGCCGUACGUUGGCUGUAGCGGGCCUAGAUACAAUACUACGGCAGCGGGAAUUGCAGCAAAUAGUACUGAUAGUGGCCGCACCGUCAUAAGCGAAGUGUGGUACUACAUGCAUGUGGUCGGACGUCCCCAAGACGGUAAUUCCAUCCCAGUCAAUGCCACGAGCCCAAACACUUCCUGUGCCAAAGCCAAGGGCGCUCUACAUUACUAUGAGCCGACGCCAGGCUCGGUACAGGGAAGCUAG